UGAUUGAUCGCUGCAUACCUACUCAAUCUGGUCAACUGACUGAUGCCGUGCCCCGCCCCGUCCUUCCUAUUUAUUCUCUCUUGCGUACACAAGCUAUGGGACUAUCCCGACCAGACAGCCAUCGCUGCUGACUGAUAUUUUUGCUGCUUUCUUCUCUCGGUGUGUACCUCUGUCUGUCUCUCCUGCCUGAUUGUGUUGGGAUGGAUGGAUGGAUGGAUUCGCUCCCUCGCUCGCAUUUGCUCGUUCGGUAGCCAAAACGGCACGCCUCGUUUUAAGCCAUCCACCAACACACACACCACCCACAGCACAGACAGCAGUUUUGUCUAGCUACCACUUUCGCCCGCCUCUCUGCCCCUCACCCUUGCCGUCCUCUCUCUUUCCCUCUCUAUGUCCUCUCUCACUCAUGUAUGCCCCAACGACCAACCAGCAUGACAACGUUCUGGGCUGCACAGAGAGCGAGACAGAAAGAGAGGGGUGGAGGGGUGAGGGACGAUCCAACACAUCAAUCCCAUCACAUUACACGAGCACACGGAUGUGCAUGGGUGGGGAGGUAGCACGGACUUGGUGUUGGUAGCUGUUGCGUGGCUGAAGGGAUGGUUGGUAUGGAUGGAUGGAUGCAAGAGACACCGGUAACGUUUGCCUUGCGCAUGAACCGCUGAUAGACAGCUCACGCAAAUGACCAUCCCAUCCCAUAUCCACCGGAAGAAUUAUUACUGAUACACACAUGCUCGCCAUUCACAACGUCGUCAUGCCCAGCCACCACCCCCACUCACUUCUACUCGUAUGGAUGGGUGUGUAUGGGUGUAUGGGUAUGUGUACCUGCCUACAUUGCUGUCUGCGCGAGCCAGCCAAUAGUGCAGACACACACACGCGCGCGCACACACGUUUCCUCAUGCACAUCGAUGCGCAGAGCGCAGAACUGUCACGCCACGCCACGCCACGCCACGCCACACGCACAUCCCCUCUCCCCCCGCACCCACCCGGUAAUUACACAAUAUGCACACCAAAUCGCCUGAGCUCCUUCUAGCAGUGCCAUUUUUGUUCAACGUGGCAGACAGAACAACUCGUAGCUAGCAAGUCAGCAGGGCCCAAAAAUGGAGAGCAAUCGGCCAAAAACCCACGCGCACAGAGAAAGAGAGAGACGCAUUUGUGUAUGUCAGCAUCGCAUCGUACAUGAGUGCAGUCGUGCCCUCCAUGGACUUGAGCGACGUGCACACAAGACAUGCACCGUGUGUAGUGAAUGCAUGCCGAUAAUCAAUAAAACGAGGACCCAUCGUCACACGAAUGGUUUGCAAGCGUAUGUAAAGGGCCGUGUGUGCGAGAGGGAUUGAUCGAUCAACAUAUACACACCAAUGACAAGACUGAGGCCGACGUUCGGCCAACAGACACAAACAAACAAGACACACAAAACAACACACACGACAAACAAAACAACACAAACAACACACGUGCACGAAGGCGACCCAGCGCAAGAAAAACCUGCCUCACUCAUCCGAAGGCUCCAUGGAUGACACGACGUCCACCGACCCUCAAUGACCCACCCACGCAACAACAGGCAGACAGGCACUCACACCCACGCCCUCACCCACACGUAUGCAGCCGCCAUCUCUGUGGGCCCAUCAUGUCUUUGUGGGCAAAGGGACAGCACAUACAUGUGUAAUUCACUGAGCACAUACAUGUAGAUGGACACUCAGUGACAAAUCGAGGGAAAGCAGUCCAGCCACGCGUCUGCGCCAUGAAUGCAAUCACCGAUUCACGCAUCGGUCGAAGCUGACUGUUCGCUCGUGAGCUUGCAUCGUGCUCAGGAAACGAAAAAGCACAUCGAAUGGGUCAGUGGGGAAGGGGCACCUCACCACAUGUCCUUGGAGUCAAGAGUGUUGCCGCUGUGCCCCUUGACGCGCUCAAACACGAUCGCGCCGAUGCCGUCACACAGCUUGCCGCCAAGCUGUGGGUCAAUGGCGGGCUCAAAGUGCACGCCAGUCCACAGGCGGCUCUCGGCGCACACAGUCGCUAUCUCGUCAAACGAUUCCCACCUGAAGGAGAUGCAUCCAUCCAUCCAUCCAUUUGAUGUGUCAUUCAGCUGCAUGUGAGUGUGUGUUUGUGGUUACUCACUCGACGAUAAGGUCUGUCGUUGGCGACAUGCCCGUCUCGACGAGGGAUGAUCCCUUGGGGAAAUAUGCCUUCAGCUUGCCGCUGAUGUCGAAGCCCUCAAAUGCGGUCUUUGCGAACUCCAUCGUUGCACGGCACAAGCACGCUGACCCCGACGGAUACUCUGAUGGAGCGAUUGAGUGAUGGAGUGCACGGCGAUCGAGGGAGGCAAAGGACACAUAAGGACAAGAGGGUACAGUUGCACGCCUUGCUGCACCGAUCGCACCUGUGUGUGGCAUAGUUCUAAAGUAGGACUUCCAGUCCCUCCCCAUGAUCGGCUUGACGCCCUCCUUUGGCACGUACGCGGAAAAUCUGACAACCACAAUUGCAUCCAUCCAUGUGUGUCUGUCCAUCCAUCCACGUGGGUACGUUUGUACGUUUCGUUUUGAAGAAAGUGUUGGAUGAAGGACUGCGGUCUGACGGCUUCGUGGAAGAUCUUCUCCUUCCAGGCCACAAUGGUGGCGUCGUGCAGCAGCCCGACGUAGCCCAAGUCGAUAGCCGUGAACUCUUCAAAGGUCAUGUCCAACGGCUGACAGACACACAACAGCGGCACGUAGAAUGGUUUGUAUGUGUUUGGCCGGUUCAUUUGCUUGUGUGCGGUGCUCACCUUGAUGAGCUGGAGGAGUGUCGAGCCGAGGGAAUACAGCUGAGCGAGCGAGACAGAUAGACACAAAGACCAUAUACGUAUACAUGUACGCCGAUUCAAGCAUAUUGUACAUAUUUCGCUCACUCUCACCUUGUUAUCAAAAUACUCUCCGAUCGCCUUCUUCUUCUCUGACAUACCGCCACACACGCAAGACAAGACACACGCGUCAGUCAUGCGUGUCUGGCCCUCCAUGAGUCAAUCACAUCCGCCGCCCGUUCACCGACCGUCGAGCUCGAGUGAUUCUUCGAUGACCUUCCAGGCCCUCUCCUUCAGCACAUCUACACAGCUCGUGUCGUUACCCUUUGGCGGCUCCCCCUGGUGGCCCGGGUCCCUCUUGUGUGGCGUGUCCUGGACGCAGUUGAAAAUCGGUGGCGACCUCCUGAUGUCGACCUGCUGCUGCGUCAGGAAGAAGGGCCGCACUCUGCCCGCCUGAGGGGUGAUGUGUUGCUGUACCACAUUGUAGCCAUAGCGCGUGCCAGAACCAUCGAGCCCCUGUGUUUAGGGAGGGCGGGAGGCAGGGAGAGACAUGCAUAGAGACGCAUCGAUGCGAGCGGUGCCGAUGCAUCCAUCCGAUGGGCAAGUCGUGUGUGUUUGUGUACCUCUACCUCAAUGAGUGGCUGCCAGUAGGUGGGAUACACGAGCUCGUAUGGGUCGUUUACAGGCUUGUAGCCGGUCCAGUCCUCAUAAGGCAGGCCAUUGUGCUCGUGCAGCAUGGUGCCGUCCCUGUUGUAUCCGUCGUCGUUGAACCACUCUACAGUCUCCCUCGCCACCAGGUUACCCAGGCCUGCAGCCGUCUCCUCGUCGGCCUCCGUGUCCAACGGAUUGUAGCCCAGCAGCGGCAUCACUUGCUUAAAAGCCUCAGCUGUACAUUCGCAUGCCAUCCGAUCAAUCCCACGACCGAUCAGUGAGGUGCUCGCUCUUCUGCUGACCUGCUCGAGGUAUGAGGAUCCUCUGGAAUUCGUAACACGCAUGGACGCCAGCCUCCUGGCGGUUUCGGUGGGUCCGCAUGUGCUUCGGCGCGCGGCGAUCGGGGCCAAAGAAGACGUGCCAAUCGUCAGUGAAGGCCGCCACGGCGUGGAAGAUGGCCACAGUCAGCAUCAGGUUGUGGGCGUUCUGAACCGGUGGCUCGUAUGUGAGAAUGUUCGGCGCCCACAGCGCGAUGCACAUGAGGGUGGGAAUUUCCUUGACGUAUUGCAAGAGCCCGACAUCGAAGGUAUUGGCGAGCACCACACUGGGCAUACUGAACACAUCCUCCCAGAAGGCACGGGGCAGCCUGUCGGUGAACUCGGCUGAACGACACAACACAACACACAAACAAACAAACGAUCGACACCCUUUUACCGUUUGUCUGCCCCGUGUCGGUCUGUACGUACCAAGUCCGAGCCUUGUGAGCGCCUGCAGCUUGCCCUGCAGGCUCUCUGCGGCCUCGAGCGGGCUGAACGGUCCCAUGUAGUCGCUCUCCUGCGGCGUAAGGAAUCCUCCGCCGAGCAAGUUGCCGGCCGUCAAGUUGCCCCCCGUUUCCAGCCGCGUUUCCGCCGCCUGUCCAGCGGCAUGUAGUGGUGGGAAGAGGAGGUCCACGAUCUCACCGAGCGGGCUCUUUGGCCUCGCCUCCCCCUUCUCAUCCGGACCCUCUGCGCCACAGCGAAAAAAAACAGCCGGGACCAGGAGAAGAAAGAACGCCGCGACCGCCGGCCUGAGCACCGCCAUAUUCGUUCACCAGCACUCGAUUCGCUCAAGCGCUUCACGUCAAGCGGGCUGCGGUUUGCUGCAUG